GAGAGGGGUAGGGCCUAAACCUCGCAGAAAAACCCUUUUCUUCGACAUUCGCCCGAGGAAGUUCGAUCGAAAUCGAUCGUCGUGAAGAAUGGGGAGCAGAUUGGGAAGACGGGUCGUUCACUUCGCGAAUCUUCCUGGAUUCAACAUUAAGGUAACGAUCAAGCUUCUGAUGCCCAACACCUUCACCAACAUCACCGAAAUCGCCCUCAAACCCAUACCUUCCGCUUCCAAGAUCGAGAUCAAGCGCGUCCUCGAGUCGCUCUAUGGCUUCGAGGUCGACAAGGUUCGGACGCUGAACAUGGAUGGCAAGAAGAAGAAGCGAGGUGGUUUGCUCAUCGCCAAGCCUGACUACAAGAAGGCCUACGUCACUCUCCGGAAUCCUCUGUCGCUGUCCAAGGAUCUGUUUCCGGUGAAGUUCAUCGAGGAAGAGAAGCGAAGCAAGCAGAAAGGUUCGAGCUUUGUGGAGGAGGAGGGUGACAAGAGUAGGCACUGGCUUGACGGGAGGGAGAGGGAUCGCGGCGGAAAUGAGAGGGGAAGGUCUCGCCGCGGCGGCGACCCGGCGGCGGGGGCGAAGUUCCCAUGGAGCAGCAUGAGGAUUGGUGGUAAGUAGGGCUUCUAGGAGACGUUUUCGUGGUGUUACGGAUUUCGAACUUCAUUAACAAAUACCUAUUAGGGUUUGUGUUAUCACCUGCUUUGUAUGGGGAAUUUUUCAGUGUAGAAUUCGUUGUUGCUGAAAUUGGAUCAUCCAUUUUGUUCUCCAGAAGUGCACGAGCACAAUGCUCAAAUCCGUUUCCGUUGCUUA